AUGUCCGGAUCCAUCCCCACCUCCACCUCGGUCAGCGAGUCAGCCGUCAUCGACGCGUCUUUCAGCGAUGUCUGGCACCUGAUCAAGCUCCAGGACUUCAGCAAGUUCUGGUCCAAGCUCGACAAGAGCGAGUUCGUCAAGGGCACUUCAGAGGAAACCGACAUCGUCAAGUGGACCUUCAAGGACGGCGCCGAGCUUGAGGUCAAGCAGGAGGAGCACUCCUCCAUCGACCACUUCAUCACAUACUCCGUCAUCACUUCCAAGCCCGAGCUCUCUUACUCCUCCGUCGUGUCCACCAUCCGCGUAUACCCCGUCACCUCCGGCGCACACGAGGGCAAGACCUUCAUCACAUGGUCUGGCAACUUCAGUAGCGAUGCCGAUGCCAGCGUAAUCCAGGAUGCCAAGUUCAAGCGCCGCGAGGCCCUUGCCGACCUCGCCAAAGUCGCCUCCAAGAAAUAG